AUGUUGCGGGGUCAUUGCAAAGGUGGAGUCCCAUGGCAUCUCGAUGUGACCGAUGCCCUGAGCCAGACUCCUAUCUUAUUUGUGUCCGGCAAGUGCGACAGGACCGCUACAGUGUAUACUACUCGCAUGGCGCAGGAGCGUCUCCUGGAACUUGGGGCCCAGCAGCUCCGAUACCUGGAGCUCCCUGACCUGAACCACGAGAUAUCCCCGAAGGUGGUUGAACUCGUGGCAGACUUCCUUUGGGCGGCCCUUCCGCAGUCUAAGGAUCAAAGCAUCCGGAUUCCUGAUGGCAUGAAGGUGAGCCUGUACUCCGCGGGAUAUGAAGCAAGGACAGGUGCUAUCGAUGGCUUUGUGCAGAGCGAAGAUAAGUAUUGGGUCCAGAUGGAUGGACCAGACGGACAUCGGGAGCUGAUUGAGUCAGGAGCCUUCACGCAACAACUGCACACAACUCUUGCAGGGCAAAGUGCUAUUCUCGUGGGCAAGCGCUUGGCAGAUGAUGGUUGUAUUGAGUCUCUUUCGGUGGCCGUGUCAGAGCCCAGUGCUGAAGUGCUCGAGACGAAGCAGAUAGCACCGCACAGGGUGCAGCUUCCCGUUGGGGCUGUGCUACAGCUGGGUGGGAUGAAGAAAUGUGCCAAGCGCCUGCAAUGUUUGGAUGGGCGCCGUGUGCGCCUGCGACAGGUGCUGCAGGAUGGCCGAUAUGCAGUUGAAGUGCAAGGAGAGGAGGCCUUGGUUCGAGUGCAUCCGCGGCAUUUGGUGCCAUAG